AUGCCAGAGAUCGAGCGAUACACGGGGAUUGGGUGUCCCCGCCUCCAUUUGAGGUUUUACAGUACGAUCAUGAGGGCUCAUGGAUUGGACGGGGCUCAGAUGAUCAUGCUUUUCCCCAUGUCUUUGGGUGGUGCUGCACAACGUUGGUUUGCUUCUUUGGAUGUAUCACGUCGUCGAACUUGGGAUGACUUGGCCCAAGAGUUCUUGAGACAGUAUGCAUUUAAUACUGUUGUUGACGUAUCGAGGAGGGAGCUCGAGGCUCUUAGGCAGAGAUCGGACGAGUCAGUUUCUUCAUUCAUCUCCCGCUGGCGUGGGAAGAUUGUCGAGAUAGUGGAUAGACCGUCAGAGAGAGAUCAGAUUCAGAUGGUUUUGAGGAGCCUACAGCCGAGGAUUGCCAGGCAUGUGGUCGGGGACGGCAUCUCGAGAGGUUUGUGGGCAGAUUCUUCCCUUAGUGAUGUUAAGGGGAAGAAGCCCUUCGUAGGACCGAGGCCAGCAGAUGUGAGCGCUAUCGGUUCUUCCAGUCAGAGGCCUCUCAGGCGCCAUCAAUCGAUCCCACAGUUUCCCGAGCCUCAUUCAUCCUAUGCAUCUCAUCAGUACAGGCCACGGGCACCUCGUCCAACUUAUGAUCAGACAUAUCAGCCUCAGCCAUUGGUUUUGCCCUACUAUGCUACUCAGAGUAUCGAGAGGCCUCCUAUUUCUUAUACGGCCACUGGACAACCAUGCUACGCUGCACAGUUCACUGCGAGACCCACUACUUCUUACCCCAGGCCUAGAGCUCAGCAGACCUCCACUCCAUUUGCUUUGAGGACGCAGAGACAGUUCUCUCAGAUAGGCAUGCUGUUGAGCCAGGCUCUUCGGAAGCUCACAGAGGCCGGAUUAUUGGCCGCUCUCACUCCGAGACCACCACCUCAGCCUCUUCCCCCUCGGUUCAGGAUGGACUUACAUUGCGCCUACCAUCAGGGGCCUGGGCAUGAGACUGAUAGGUGUAUUGCAUUGAGGCACGCCAUCCAGGACUUGAUCGACCAGGGUUUGGUACACUUGGGUCAGCCGAGUGUGACCACGAACCCGUUACCUGCCCACACCACACAUGCAGUCCCUCCACCAGCCGAUGGCAUUCAUUUCUUAGACUUUGAUGAGAUCGAUGACCGCAUCCACAUGCUGAGUGAUGAUGAUUCAGACCCCGAGCCCAUCAUGCCAGAUGUGAUUUAUGAGAUGAGUGGGGUGACUCUAGGUCCUCGGAUGCCUGCUCCAUUUCGAUUGGUUCCCGAGGCGGCGUCGGUGCAGACUGCCACCGUUGAGCCAUUGAUUUUGCCACAUUACAGUGUCCGGAUGCCUUUCAUCUUGAUCCCGGAUGUCGAGGAGGUUCAGGCUCCGUACGUUGAUGAUUCUCAGACUCUGGACAUUCAGUAUGUUCUCCGAGGAGGCAGAGUGAUGCGACAGCCACCUCCCUCGGCAGCUAGGCCAGUUGAAGGUACGUCCGCUCCCGAGGAGGUCAGAGCCGAGGACGACGAGAUUUUGAGGCAGCUACAGAGCACUCAGGCUCGCAUCUCCAUCUGGAGUUUGUUGGCGUCUUCGAGCACCCACCGAGAUGCAUUGAUUAGAGCCUUGAGCCAGAUCAGAGUUGAGACCACCACCACUCCUGAGGGUUUGAUCCAUAUGAUGACGGCCGACCGAGCCACGUGUAUCGUAUUCUUGGACGACGACUUGCCACCGGAGGGCUCAGACCACGCUCGUCCGCUCUUUAUAUCUGUCGGCUGUUCAGGCCGCCGAGUCCCAUCUGUCCUUCUGGAUAAUGGCUCGGCCCUGAACGUAUGUCAUCUUGCCACUGCCAUCGCCCUCGGAUACGCUCCUUCUGACUUCGGUCCCUCCACUCAGACCGUUCGCACAUAUGAUAGCACUCGGAGGGAGGUCAUGGGUACGCUAGAGAUUGAGCUACUGAUUGGUCCAGCCACUUUUGUUGUCGUAUUUCAGAAGGUGAAGUUUAUUCAUGAUGGCCGGGUCGUCGUCGUGCAGUCUGUGGGUGAUAGGUUCAUCUCUGCCGAGCCUGUACUCGAGAUUGGUCACGCUGAUGAUGAUCUCUUUCUGACCGGAUUCACCUUUGACGAGGUGCAGACUCUGGAGAUGGAGGAUUUCUGCCGAGACUUUGUAGCCAUGUCCUUCGACCAGCACAGCAGCACGGUGGUGCUCGAUAUUAUGCGGAGCAUGUCUUAUCUUCCCGGUAUGGGCCUGGGGCGGCGUCAGCACGGGCCCAGUGAGUUCAUGGCCUUUCCGGACGCGACGUACCAUUUGGGCUCGGAUUCAUUCCCACUAAGGCCAACUAUCGUCAUAUGGCGCGGCUGCGCAGGGAGAGGGUGA